AAAUACAAGGAUUUAUUUUUUAAAUUUUCGAAAUAUUGUCCAUUUUCUUCUGGUAACGCCCACUAAAGAUUGACAGCAGGGGACGACGCUUUCAAUUUCCAAUUAACAACAACCGAUUGGCGGCGACGAUUAGCAUAGCAGACAUACUUAACUCUGUUGGAGCCAGAAGACAUUUGAAGGAAAUGUGCUUUCAGUUGUAGCACUUAAUUUAUUAAAUAAUUUCUUCAGUGUGAGAUCUAUUUUUACCGGAACAGAGAGAACGUUAUACAAUAUGCCAUUGAUUUAAAUAACCUGGCAGCAGGCAGCGCAAUGGACAAAUACGCUUGACGAGGAAAGGACCUAAAGAUGGGCAAAGUUCAUCUUCUAAAUUUACUUCUCAUCUUUUUUUUCCUCCGGUCCUGCUGUAGGGUUUCGGCUUAAAACAUCGACUGUGCUUUUGUUCCGUAGAUGCUGCUUGGCCUGCUGAGUUCAUCCAGCAUUUUGUGUUUGUUGCAAAGUUUUUUUUUGCAAAAAAAGCACGAAUAAUGAGAGCCUGUCAGCUGAAAGUAGCUGUAAUCGGAGCAGGGGCAAGUGGACUCUGUGCCGCUCGUCACCUUCUGGCCAAGCCGCACAUCUUCGCCCCUCCGGUGGUAUAUGAGCAGUCUGAUUGUGUUGGAGGUACUUGGGUUUACACGGAGAGAACGGGCAAUGACGACCACGGUCUGCCUAUACAUUCCAGCAUGUACAGAGACCUAAGGACAAAUCUUCCAAAAGAAGUCAUGGGAUUCCCAGAUUUUCCAUUUGAAGUUGGCCCCCCUUCUUUCAUUCAUCACACUGAUGUGAGAGCAUAUCUGGAAAAAUAUACUAAUCGCUUUGAAAUUCAGCCGCACAUAAAGUUUCUCACAUAUGUUGAACUAGUGAAUCCUGUAUCUGAACCUACUGGAGCUGCUCAGAGUUCAUGGGAAGUAACAUCUUUGAAUCUGAAGACUCACAGCCGUAGUAUUGAGAGAUUUGAUUCAGUUAUUGUCUGUAAUGGCCACUAUUCUGAUCCUUGUAUCCCACACAUUCCUGAAAUUGAGAAUUUCAAAGGACAGACAAUGCACAGUCAUGAGUACAGGUCUGCUGAACCUUUUGUAGGGAAGAACUUGGUUCUGCUUGGUGCUGGUCCGUCUGGGAUUGACAUUGCUAUGGAGUUGUGCUCAGUUGCCAAGCAAGUCGUCUUGUUACAUAAACAUUCAUUUACGUUCUCACACUUGCCUCCAAAUUGCCUGUUAGUCAGAGGUGUGAACAGAUUUUCGCGUACUGGUGUGAUUUGUAAUGAUGGAAUGGAAUAUCCUGCAGAUGUAUUCAUGUUUUGCACUGGUUACAACUACUCUUUUCCUUUCCUUGCCACGGACGUGUGCUUAAAUAUCAAAGAUCAUAGAGUUACCCCACUUUACAAGCAUAUUGUACACACCACUUUUCCAACUCUCCUUUUUAUUGGUUUAUGUAAAACUGUUUGCCCUUUUCCUUUGUUUCACUAUCAGGUCUUAUUUGCUUUAGCAACAUUAGAUGGUACGUACAAAUUACCAUCUAAAUCUGAUAUGGAUGCAGCCACGGAACAGGAAUACAAAUCCUCUUUGCAAAAUGGAAUUUCUCACAAACACUUUCAUAAAUUAGAUAGUCUUCAGUGGGAUUAUAAUGAUGAGUUGGCCCUUUUAGCCAAAUGUGCCCCUUUAUUACCUGUUAUAAAAGACCUUUAUGAGGCAAACAAGAAAAUAAGACAACAAGAUCUGUGCAAUUAUAAGAAAUAUAACUAUGAGAUAGUAGGCCCUGAUACAUGGAUAAAGGUGAACUCAGAACCAUUUAAAAAUUGACUGUGUCCUUAACUUACCAAAGUUUGAUCCAUUCUGCAGAAGCCUUGCUACACACACUUAAUUUGUAAUUAAGGUGGGUGAAGCAAAGAUUGAGAAGGGAAGAUAAAAUUUAUAAAGGGGCUCAGUCAAAUUACUGUUAACUUCAGUACAUUAGAAAAUUAGGCAUUUCCUCUUACAUGUGUAUCAUCCUUCCUAUCCAAUAUUUCUCUCCACAGUACAAUAAAAACUGACUUGUUCAGUUAAUCAAAUAUACAAUAGCUUUAUAACUGGAAAAUGUGUAUGCAAAUGUAAAUUAUUGUUGUAACAAUGUAGAUAAGAUCUUUGAAUUUCUGCACUAAAAAUCAUGAUUUAUAGAAUUGCAUCAAGUUGUUUCUCUUUUGCUUAAACAAAGCUAUUUGCUUGUUAUUGUUGUUGGAAAAAUACUAACAUGAAGGAAUUAUGUUUUGUUAACUAAGGGCACAGAUAACAAUUCUGAAAGUAGCCAAGCAAUCCUAUUUUCUUUAGAUCAUAUUAUAACAACAGUAAUCAGUCUUACAUUAAAUUCACUGUCCUAUGAAGUAAAAGUAAACAAAGCUUUAAAAAAUCCAUUGGAUUGAAGUGAAGAGUCAUUCUGUGCUGUGGUUUAUAUGCUAUGUUGUUAGCAUCAAUCCGUACGCUGAUAAAUAUUUCUGUAAACCAGCACCAUCAUACUUUAAAACCUUUAAUUACUACGUACGUUGGGAUCAUCUAUUUUCUUUUGAUUUAUGUAUUACCUAAAAUGUUGCUUUUACAAAUUUAGAGGUGCAAAUUAAGUUGUACCUUGGUUGAAAGAAUGGACCAUACUUGUUUUAUUUCCUACACUGUAAAGGAACUGGAUAUUCCACUUCAGAUACAAAAUCAAGGUAUGAAAUGUAAUGUGUAAUGUACACUAUUACAUUAGUAAUCAUUUCUCGAAAUGAUUUGGAUGAAGUAUUAAUAGUUUUAUGAACAUCAAGAACAAAUCUGUAACAAUAACAUAGAUUGAUAAACUUGUCAUUUUAAAAGAAUUUGUGUACUUUUGGUACCACUGAAUUUAAUGAUGAAUAUGAUAAACUGAGGCAUUUAGUAGAAUGAGUGUUUUAGAAUCACUAUUAUUUAUAGUAGUCCACCUUCCAUGAGUGUAAAAAGGUACCGGAAAUUCAUGUUAUGCAGCUAUUUCAAAAAUCAAUAAAACAGCUUCACACAACAAGAAUUACUGGUGUAAUAAAA